CGUUCAAACAUCGAUUUUGUCUCUCCGGACCUGGAGAUCUCUCUCUCUCUCUCUCUUCUUCCCCAAUCCUUUCUAUCGUCGCACGCGCACGCGCACGCGCCUCAUCCUCAUAAGCCUCAAUUCAAGUUUGGUAGGAUGGGUGUGAAGCAGGCUCUGAGGAGCAUCGAUGCGUUCCCAAGAGCUGAGGAUCAUCUCCUUCAGAAAACUCAAUCUGGUGCCGUUGUAUCCAUUGUUGGGCUCUUUAUAAUGGCUACGUUGUUCUUGAGCGAGCUGAGUUACUAUCUUAAUACACUUACAGUGCAUCAGAUGUCAGUGGACUUAAAGCGUGGAGAAACUCUUCCCAUUCAUGUAAAUAUGACGUUCCCAUCUUUGCCUUGUGAUGUAUUGAGCAUGGAUGCUAUCGACAUGUCAGGGAAGCAUGAAGUUGAUCUUGAUACAAACAUUUGGAAGCUCCGUCUCAACAGUCAUGGUCAUAUCAUUGGCACAGAAUAUAUAUCUGAUCUUGUUGAAAAGGAGCAUGAUCACUCAUCUCACAAGCACGAUGAACACAAGAAUGAGACGGAAGCUUUAAAUCUACUUGGGUUUGACGAAGCUGCUGAGACGAUGAUUAAAAAGGUGAAGCAAGCAUUGGCGGAUGGAGAAGGAUGUCGGGUUUAUGGUGUUCUAGAUGUACAACGGGUUGCUGGAAACUUCCACGUUUCAGUUCACGGGCUGAACAUCUACGUUGCUCAAAUGAUAUUUGGAGGGUCCAAAAACGUAAACGUGAGCCAUAUGAUACAUGAUCUAUCGUUUGGGCCCAAGUACCCCGGAAUUCACAACCCACUUGAUGGCACAAACCGAAUCCUGCAUGACACCAGUGGAACCUUCAAAUACUAUAUUAAGAUUGUUCCAACGGAAUAUAGAUAUCUCUCAAAAGACAUACUGACAACGAAUCAGUACUCUUUAACGGAAUAUUACACACCAAUGAACGCGUUUGACCGGACAUGGCCAGCUGUCUACUUCUUAUAUGACCUGUCACCAAUCACUGUGACCAUCAAGGAAGAACGCCGUAGUUUUCUCCACUUGAUCACACGGCUUUGCGCUGUGUUAGGCGGUACCUUUGCUUUGACAGGAAUGUUAGAUCGUUGGAUGUUCCGUAUGAUAGAAUAUUUCACCAAGAAACCGAGUACCAGAAGCAUACACAAGUGAAACAGAGAGAAAGAAAAAAAGGAAAGGAAGGAAGAAAGAAGAAAUCUCUCAAAGCCCGAAACGUGUAUCUACCUUCCGAGACAAUACCCACCGGAGAUUCCAGGGCAAUUGAUACAUGGAUGUAGUUUUUUUGCAUGUUCUCAAGUCUUUUUGAUCGCUUUCUCUCUCUCCCUUAUGUAUCUACUACUCUGGUCAUCAUCAUCAUUUAGUAGAAUUAUAUGUAACUUUAUACACACUUUUGUGCAUCUUCUAACUUGACUGAGAAAAUGGCCAUGAUUACAACCU